CCAGAGCUUCAUCCUCAUUGGUGCAGAACUUCACUUUUCCCUGCUACUGCUAUGCUAUCUCUCACCUCUCUCUAAGGAUAUCAUUUAUUUUCUCCUUUUGUGAAGACAACUAGUCCUUUGCCAUUCAUAUAUGCAAGUACUUGUAUCCCCCAAUUCUCAAAACAGCAAAACCACCCACCACCAACGCCCCCCCUCCCCCCCCCCCCCCCCUACCAUCUCUAGAGAGAGAGAGAGAGAGAGAGAGAGAUGGAAAAUAGUAAUUGGAGCCUAUUCAACAGCAACAGCAGCAGUUGUACUAGUGGUACCAGAGGGCAAAACAGUCAUUGCAGUAACCUUGCAUGGGAUAUAUGGGACUUGGGUACUUCUCGCUAUGAUUGGAGCGCCACAAACAACACCUCCACCACUAACACCCACUACCCAUUCCACCACGCUCUCUCCGCCGCCGCCACUCCAACGGCGGCGACCACCACCACAGCGUACCCUGAUGAGAGCGUGGCACACGCGCUCAUGUUAAACCACCACCAGCAGGGUACGACAACGGUCUCCGUGUACGGCGGAGCAGGCGGGUCCCACUACCAGCCGGACCCGCACCUCAUGUGCUUGAAGCUGGGGAAGAGGCACUAUUUCGAGGAUACCGCCAGUCUGCAGGGUGAACGCCACGUGGACGAUGGGAUCUGUGUUGCCAAGAGAGGCAGAUCCCCGUACUACGGUUACGGCGGGGGAAUUGAUGUUGGGGGUCCAUCGACGUCGGCGGGGGCGGUGACAGUGGCGGCGGCGGCGGUGCCGAGGUGCCAGGUGGAGGGGUGCCACGUCGCGCUGGUGGAAGCCAAGGAGUACCACAGGAGGCACAAGGUGUGUGAAAUGCACGCCAAGGCGCCCAAAGUGGUUGUGCUUGGUCUUGACCAACGCUUCUGUCAACAGUGUAGCCGGUUUCAUGCAGUGGGAGAAUUCGACGAUGCGAAAAGGAGUUGCAGGAGAAGGCUGGCUGGGCACAACGAGCGUAGAAGAAAGGGCUCUACUCAUGACCCCCUCAAUAAUCCUCGAAACCUUUCUCAUCAAGGACGUGCUCUCUCUCUUCUGUCAUCCAAGAACAGUACUUGGUUUUCUUCUCCCAGCGCUGCACUCCGUGAGCUGAUUGCUGAGAAUCGGGCAGCCAUCUUGGCCCGGCAGCUGGUCCAUGAUCCCUCAACCCAACCUGGAUCCAACUCUCUGCUAACGUCCCACCACCAAGUGUUCCACGAUCCACACAACUGGGACCGGUACAAUGAAGACGGUGGACAUGUGACACUGGACCUAAUGCAGGCGCCUAGUUCUGCAUUUGGGUUCUUGUCCAUGAGGGAAAACUCGAGGGGGGAGGAGGAAGAACAAGAGUGUUCGGAGUUGUGGAGGUCCUUGGGCGGAGCUCAUGUUGUUUGAAGCUUUUUCAUGAAUUCGUCUGGCGUUUAGAAGACUACUGCUUUUCCACAUCGUCCCUUGUGGGUUUGUGAAGGAAUUCCAAUGGACUCAUCACGGCUGACCGAGUUUAUUGGAUCUCUGGUUACCUCUUUUGUGCUAGUACUAUUUGAUCAAUUUGGAUGUGAAGUUUGAUUAAUAAGAUGCAGUGUGGAUAAUGUAGUUUGGUUCA